GUUUAAGCUUAUCGAACUUCACUUCUGCGCAAAAAAAAAAAUGUCGAAUCUCGGAGAACCUUUUCGGAUCUCGCCGGAACAUCCCAGCGGCGGAAGACCCUCUCUCCGGCAACAAGAAACCUUCGGCCAUGCCGAUCCGCGUGUCCCACUUCUAAACCUUUCAACGGUUAAAACGAGAAUGGAUUCCCUGCAACACUUCCUAUCUCAAUCGGUCAACACAAACACUUUGGUCUCCAAAGAUGAGAUGGAUCUCGUCUCCUCUGAAAUCGCGUCCGCCAUCCACCAAAUCAUCGUCAACGGUGCGGCCCUCCUCUCUUGCGCCCAAAAAGCCCAUUACCCAAACCCGACUCCAAUCCGGAACCCGACUCCAGAACCGAAACUCGAGGUCGACGAUUACGAUGAAGGAGAGUCCGAGAUAAUCGAGUUAGAUGCGGUCGAGUUGCUGUCGGAACAUUUACAUUUCUGCGAAAUUUGCGGUAAAGGGUUCAAGCGCGACGCCAAUUUACGGAUGCAUAUGAGAGCUCAUGGGAAUCAGUAUAAAACUCCCGAGGCGUUAGCGAAAAAAACAGGUAAUAAAGGGGAAGUGAAGAAUUGGGGUCGGAAAACCCGGUUUUCGUGCCCCUAUGAUGGGUGUAACAGGAACAAGAAACAUGACAAGUUUAGGCCGUUGAAAUCUGUUAUUUGUGUAAGGAAUCAUUUCAAGAGAAGCCAUUGUCCGAAAAUGUAUGGUUGUAAUAAGUGUCAUAAGAAGAGUUUUUCGGUUUUUACUGAUUUGAAGAGUCAUUUGAAGCAUUGUGGAGGUGGGGAAGAGAGUAAGAAGUGGAAGUGUAGUUGUGGGAAUAGCUUUUCUAGGAAAGAUAAGCUUUUCGGACACGUGUCGUUGUUUGAAGGGCACAUGCCAGCUGUUAUGGAGGAGGAGGAUCGGAAGUUGAAAGGAGUGGUAGCAAUGGAGGAAGAUGAGGAAAAGGAGGAGGAGUUGAUGGAGAGGGAGGGGUGGUUGGAAGAUGGGUUUUUUGAUGGUUUGCUUGAUGGGUUUGGCUCUUUUGAGGAUUACUGUUUGCAAGAUGUGUUGGCACCGUCGCUUGAUGGGUUGUAGCAUUUUGGCAAGGGCAUGAUAUAGGUAAAUUUUGUUUUCUUAUAUGUUCAUGUGUAUGUUUGUUGUAAUUCUUUGUAAUAAGACUGUAGGUAUUUAUUUUUCCAAUAAUCCCCCUUAACUUCUUGUGACAAUAGCAUGUUCUUCCUAGUGUUCGUUUACUUGCAGAAAUAAAGAAUGGAUGAUGUUUGAUUAA